GUCACUUGUUACUUGGAUACGAUAUUUGAMCUGCUUGACUUUCUGAGYAUCUAAAAGAAAAGAUGAAAUUGUUUACUAGGCCCUAGUCCUUGACGGUCAUUUAAACCAAAAUGGCGGACGUGUGAUGGUGAGUUCGAUUUGUGUUUCUGAACAUAUGUUCUGAAUGACUAGUGGGAACAAGAGUCUGUUAAUUAUAGGCCAGAAAUUCCAUAAUGAUUCAUCUGCUGUCCACAUCACGACCUCGAGUAACAUCUCUCUACUACCAACAAUUUACGAGAUGUUUCAAAAGGGGUCUKUUAAGCAAGCCCAGGGCGGUGGCUUUUGACAUGGGAGGGGUAGUUAUACCAUCACCUAUACAUGCUUUUGCUCAAUUUGAAGUUAAGCAUGGUCUACCUAGAGGAGCUAUUGGAAGUGCUAUUAGAGCAGGGGGUGAUCAAGGACCUUGGUCUCAAUUUGAAUUAGGAAAAUUACUUCCUGAGCAAUUUGCCAAAGAAUUUAGUAUCAUUCUCCAGUCAAUGACAAARCAAGAAGUUGAUGUGCUUGGUUUAUUGGACACAAUUCAUAACAGUUCCUUAGCACGACCCUAUCCAGAGAUGAUYAAAGCCAUAAAAARAAUUAGAGAAAAUGGUUUAAAAACAGCUCUUAUUACUAACAACUGGUUGGUUUCUCAAGGAGAAACAUUUUUACCCAUUGAAUGUGAUCAUUUUGAUGUGGUGGUUCAAUCUGCKGUUGAACAUUUACGYAAACCAGAAAAGGCAAUCUAUUUGACAUUGGUUGAGAGACUUGGUGUUUCACCUGAAGAAGUUGUAUUCUUGGAUGAUCUUGGGAUUAACUUAAAAACAGCCAGACAUCUAGGCUUUCAUACAAUAAAGGUUUCAGAYCACCUAGAUGCUAUCAAUGAAUUGGAGAAGGUGCUAAAGUUUUCUUUAGGAGUAAAAGUUAUUCCUGGUACAAAAGAAGUCACCGAGAAACACAAGWUUCCKGUUGAUUCACUUGCUCAGUACUUGRAGACAAAACUUGGUCUGAACCAAGAAGGACCUCCAGUAGUACGUCAAUUCAAACAUGGACAAUCCAAUCCUACAUACUAUAUUGAUUAUGGUGGAAAAGAGCUUGUCCUACGUAAGAAACCCCCUGGAAAGCUGCUACCCUCAGCUCAUGCGGUUGAGAGAGAAUUUAGAGUCAUGAGAGCAAUGGAGUCAGCUGGGGUUCCAGUACCCAAGACACUAGAAUUAUGUGAAGAUAGUAGUGUGAUAGGAACACCAUUUUACAUCAUGGAAUAUGCAAAGGGACGCAUUUUUAAGGAUCCUUUACUGCCUGGAAUGAAAGCUGAACAGCGAAAGGUAUGUUUUUACUCUGCCAUGAUUUGGUCUUAAAUUAUUUGGCAAUGAAAACUCUUUACUACCACCCCAACUUGGAUGGGGUGUGCCACAAGCAACUCAAAACCCUGACUCUAUCCCUGAACCUCUUUUU